AUGGCGUUCAAGUACUCAACAGGACAGCUCUCCAGGAGUUUGUCCAAGGCGACGACCUCAGCGCGCAAUGGCGCCGCACCUCUAGCUUUGGCUCUGCCAAAGCAAUCAGCACCUCAAUUGAGAUCUAUGGCGACCGUUCCGCCCGUCACACAAAACUCCGCCGGAUCCAAGGGCCCGACGGCGAUGGUAUUCCUGAACAUGGGUGGCCCAUCAACGACAGACGAAGUGGGCGACUUCUUGAGCAGACUCUUCGCAGACGGAGACUUGAUUCCUCUGGGACGCUACCAGAACUACCUCGGCCCUUUCAUCUCGAAGCGACGAACCCCCAAGAUUCAAAAGCAGUACGCAGAAAUCGGUGGCGGCUCCCCCAUCCGCAAAUGGUCCGAGUAUCAGAGCGCCGAGAUGUGCAAGAUCCUCGACCAGAUCUCUCCCGAGACCGCGCCGCAUAAGCCUUACGUUGCGUUCCGCUAUGCCGAUCCUUUGACCGAGGAGAUGUACAACAAGCUGCUGGAUGAUGGUUUCGGAAACGGAAAGGGCGGAAGAGCUGUUGCCUUCACACAAUACCCCCAAUACUCGUGUUCGACGACGGGAAGCAGCAUGAAUGAGCUGUGGAAGUGGCGCCAAAGGUUGGAGGGCAAGUCAGCCAAAGACGCGACCCCGGGUGAUGGUACGAUCUCAUGGAGUGUUAUUGACAGGUGGCCGGUACAUCCGGGCCUGGUGGAGGCGUUCGCGCAAAACAUCGAGGCCAAGCUCCUGGAGUAUCCCGAGGAGAGGCGGAAGGACGUCGUCUUGCUGUUCUCAGCACACAGCCUGCCCAUGUCUGUGGUCAACAGAGGAGACCCGUACCCGGCCGAGGUUGCGGCUACCGUCUACGCUGUCAUGCAGCGCCUCAAGUUCUCCAACCCCUACCGCCUGUGCUGGCAGUCUCAAGUCGGCCCGUCCGCAUGGCUUGGCCCCCAGACUUCUGACUCGGUCGAGAACUACAUCCACAAGGGCCAGAAAGACCUGGUCCUGAUCCCUAUUGCGUUCACCUCCGAUCACAUUGAGACUCUGUACGAGCUCGACCUGGAGGUUAUCGGAGAUUCAGGAAGCCCCGAGACUGUGAAGCGCGUUGAGAGUUUGAAUGGCAGCCCUGUCUUCAUCAAGGCUCUGGCUGAUAUCGCCAAGGCUCACCUUGACAGCGGCAUUUCCUGCUCACCGCAGAUGGAGCUUCGCUGCCCCGGGUGCAAGAGCGAACGUUGUGCUGAGUCAAAGAAGUUCUUUGCGGGUCAACAAACGAAGCUGUUUGGAGCUCAGGAGAAGGUCUUCUACAAGACAGCUCACUCCUUCGCCCUCGUCAACCUCAAGCCUUUGCUCCCAGGCCACGUCCUCAUCUGCCCUUUCAAGCCUCACAAGCGCCUCACAGACCUCCCGCCAGCGGAAGUAACAGACCUCUUCACCACGACGCAGCUCGUGCAAAAUAUGCUUGCGCGCCGCUAUUUCCCCUCCUCAUCAGGCACCCCGGCUGCCCCGGAGGCGGGCUCCUUCAACAUAGCCGUGCAGGACGGCGCGGACGCGGGCCAGACGGUUUCACAUGUUCACGUACACAUUAUCCCGCGCGUACCCGGCGAGACAGCGAAGGACGACUCAGGGCCGAGGGAUGAGAUUUACGAGCAAAUGGCGAGCGAGGAGGGUAACAUCGGGGGUGCGCUGUGGGACGCUGAGAUUGGGAAGAGACCCGAGCCCGGGGGCAAGUUUGCGAGGAUUGAGGAUGCGAUGAGGAAGGCGAGGAGCAUGGAGGAGAUGGUUGCAGAGGCUGACCUGUACCGGGGCUUGUUGAAGGAGAUGGGAGCUGCUGCUGAGAGGUAG